UUUUCCAUUUGCAUCACACAGCGGAUCGCCGCUCUGCUGUUUGCACGUUAGUUUGCAUUUAACCGAGCCGACCUGCCGGAGGAUGCUGCAGGAUCGGAUCAGCGCAGAGGACCGCCGCGGAAACAACCAGAAAAAGUUCAGUUCGGAGUUUGGAGCCAAAGUUUGACGGACUUUUCCUGGCCUGACAUCGGAAAACAGGCUCAUCAUGGAAGGAUUUUCUCAGGAAAAUAGCAACUUUUUCUUCUGCUUGAGGUAAUGUGAGAAAGUGAGGAGACUUUUUAGAGGCUCUAAGGUUUUCCAGAUGUCUCCUCUGAUGCAGACAACCGCUGCUUUCUGAUUCACACCCAGACAAAAAGAAAAAGAAAAAAGCUGCACACUUCUUCUGGAUUACAGGCAACGUCGCUCUCUGCUGGGAUUUUUUCAGAAAGCGCUCCUUUCUGUCUUCAUGCUGGAUGUGAGGACGCGUUUUUGGGACAUGGGCGGACACCCAGGAGACAGAAUAAAGAAGCUGUUUUAAUUAAUAAAGACUUUAUGAUUAAAAUGUUAUUCCGGUGAAGCCCUCGGAAACUCACAAGGGAAGAUCCAAUGAGUGGCACACAGUCAACACUCACUGACAGCCCUCUACAGUGGGACAAUUUCGUGAAUUCUUUCCAGAAUCAGAAUCAGCUUUAAUGGCCAAGACCCCCAGCAUUCUCAACAAGGACCCGACAGACAAGAAACCGAAGAAUGAGAAAACCUCUGUCUCCCUCAAACAUGAGUUUGACCCAACAGGUCUGGUGCAGCGCUGUGUGAUAAUCCAGAGGGAUGAAAAUGGCUUUGGGCUGACAGUAAGCGGAGACAACCCCGUGUUUGUGCAGCUGGUCAAAGAAGAUGGAGCUGCAAUGCGAGCCGGAGUCCAGACAGGAGACAGAAUCAUCAAGGUUAAUGGGACCUUAGUGACACAUUCAAACCACAUAGAGGUGGUGAAGCUGAUAAAAUCCGGCUCCUAUGUGGCCCUCACGGUGCUGGGGAGGCCUCCGGGGCUUCCUCACAUCCCUCUUGAGGAGGAGAAGGACGGGAACGAGGGGAACGGAGAGGUCAGCACCUCCCUCUCAGCACCCAACUCACCUGCACUGUCAGGCGGAGAGCAGAGCAGCUGUUUGACCAGCAGCCCUCAGCAUCCACUCAGCACUGCUCUGUGUGACGGGGAUGGAGCCUCAGGGUACAGGAAUGGUGAGACCGAGGAGAGGGAUGGUGGGAAUCCUCUGAGGGAACAACCUUCACCGUCACGGUGCGACAACGGACCCUCGAUCAGUAACAACUCAAUGCACAGCAGCCCGUUUUCAGAAAGUCCUGGUAAAAGAGAGACGCCCUGUCAGAGUCCAGACGUCAGCCGCAGAGACGGACUCAACUUCUGCUCAUUACCCGAAACCGACGACACACCUGAAGCUGACUGCAGUACCCAGUGCAUCGUGGGUAACCCUCCCUACCUCCUGAACCCUCAGAUCAUUGGAGCAGAAGACGACUACUUCGACUCCCAGCAAGAACAGAUUGAUGGACUGUGUAGCUGUUUCCAGAGUAUUGACUUGCUGAAGUCACGGCCGGCUCACCUCGCAGUCUUUCUACAUCAUGUGGUCUCACAGUUUGAUCCUGCUCCUCUGCUGUGUUUUCUCUACGCUGACAUGCACAAGCAAACCAGCUCCAAAGAAAGUCGACGCUUCUUCAUGGAGUUUCACUCACUCUUCAUGGAUCGAAACGCUAAUCUUAAAGUACCAGUACCGGAGACAGUUGCAGCUGAGCUAGAGAAGCGGAGAUUGGAGUUAAUCCCAGAGGAGUUGUGUAAACAGUACACUCAGGCACUACAGGACACACUGUUACCGGACCUGCACAAGAACCUGGAAGACUUCAGACAGAAGCGAAGCAUGGGUCUGACGCUGGCCGAAGACGAGCUGUCCAAGCUGGACUCGGAUCGAGGAAAAGACCAGCAGGCCUUGGAGAAGGAAUGUUUCUGUGCUGAACACAUCCUCACCAAGAUAGAGGACAUCCUGAUGACGUCGCAGCCCUCAGAAGAGGAGAAGUGCCAAACAAUGCAGUAUGUGAUUCUGACCUAUAUGAAGCAUCUUGGAGUGAAAGUGAAGGAACCUCGUGGCCUCGAACACAAACGUGCACGCAUCAAUUUCCUGCCCAAGAUUAAGAAAAGUAUCAAGCCUGAGAAGGAAGGUGAGGAGAAGGUGAAAAAGCCUCGAUUUCCCAACAUCCUCGGCCCACCUCGGCGUCUGAGCAGAGUCGACUCCACUUCAGUUGGAAAAGCCGUGGAGCUCAACAAGCAGCGCUCACCAAAGCUCACCCAGCCGGCGUUCGGCAUCCCCGAAGUGUCGGACUCUUCCGCCUCAAGUUCUGGACGGAUCCGAGCCAAUCAGCUGAGCGAGGGAUCGGACACCAGCAUCCAGUCUUUACCUUCCACCACCUCCCCGACCCACAGCUCCCCCGGAGGUCAGACGCCCGACACCAUCGCACAAGAAUCAGACUCCAAUGUCUCUCCGUUCAGCAUGCAGCCCAAACAGACUGAAGGUCCGCAGUCAGGCGACCACCAGGACAGCGUCUCCAGUCCGACCGGCAACCAGUUUGACUUCAUUCCCUCAAAUAUGGAGCAGCGAGAAGAAGAUCAGGAGGCCUUCAGCAGGAUGGAGGUGCAGUGUUCAGUGAGUUCACCCGACAUCCAGAGCGAAGACGACCAGGCCGGGGAGGUGGAGUGUCAAGAGGAUCCUCUGAACUGGCAGCAGCUGGUCAGUCGAGAUGUUCUGGCCAAACUAACGCCACAGGAGAUCAAACGGCAGGAAGUGAUCAACGAGCUGUUCUACACUGAGCGUGCUCACCUGCGCCGGCUGAAGGUGAUUGACUGUGUUUUCUACCAGCGGCUGAACAGAGACGGCAUCCUUCCACCAGAAGACAUCAAGCACAUGUUCAUUAACCUGGAAGAGAUCAUUCAGCUGCACGUUUCUGUAACAGAACAAAUGACAGCGAUCAGGAAGAGGAGCGAGACGUCAGUGAUUGGUCAGAUCGGAGAUGAUCUCUUGGCCUGGUUCAGCGGGGAGGAAGAGGAGAAAAUCAUAAGAGCUGUGGGAACUUUCUGCAGUAACCAGCCGUCUGCUCUGGAGCUCAUCAAGACCAGGAAGAAGAAGGACCAGAGGUUCAACCUGUUCAUGCAGGAAGCUGAGAGCAACCGUUUGUGUCGCAGGCUGCAGCUUAAAGACAUAAUUCCUGCAGAAAUCCAGAGAAUGACCAAGUAUCCACUUUUACUGGACAAUAUCGCUAAAUAUACAGAUGAUGGUGAGGAGAGAGAGAAGGUGAAGAAAACUGCAGAAUGUUGUAAAAAGAUCCUGAACCACGUCAACCAGGCGGUCAAAGAGGCAGAAAACAAACAGAGGCUGGAGGAGUAUCAGCGAAGGUUGGAUCUGUCGUCUCUCAAACAGAGUGAAAACCCUCUGAUCCUGGAGCUGAAGAAUUUGGACCUGACCAAGAGAAAGAUGGUUCAUGAGGGGCCUCUCUCCUGGAAGGUCAACAAGGACAAGACAAUUGAGCUGUACACGAUCCUCCUGGAGGAUAUCAUGGUUUUACUGCAGAAACAGGACGAGCGUCUGCUGCUCAAGUUUCAUGGUAAGAACGUGGUCAGCAUCACCGACACCAAGAACAUCUUCAGCCCCAUCAUCAAACUCAACACGGUGCUGGUUCGACCCGUCGCUACUGACAACAAGUCUUUCUUCGUUCUGUCCAUGUCGGAUAACGGAGCUCAGAUCUACGAGCUGAUGGCUCAGACGGUGUCCGAUCAGAGAACGUGGCAGUGUCUGAUCACUCAGUGUGCUGACGCCAUGAAGGCCAAACCUCACAACAGCGACACGCCUGCAGCUCCAUCCGAUGCUGAGCGGGAUGCUAUAGAGAUCAUCAACCGUGAGAUGCCCAAACCGAGCAAAGAGCCGAAUGGGGCAUCAGGUGGAAGCAUCCAUUCUACAGACAUUCAAGCUCCAACAACGAGCCUCAACCCCUUUGACAGCUUGAAAUCAGAAGACGAGGAAGAGGAGCUGGCUGCAGCAGACAGGCCGGAGGAAGACGAGGAGGAUGAAGAUGUGGAUGAAGCAGAGCUGGAAGCCUUCCUGGACGGGCAGCUGGCAGACAGACUCCUGCAGGAAGGAUCCCGUCAGGGCAUCGCCAUCGAAAACGAAGAGCUCAAUGCAUUCGGCCUGCCCUCUAAAGCCGACGACGCUCUAAGGACACUGUCGAUGCUGAAGCAGGCUCUGUUCACCCACAUGCUGAGCAGAGAAGCCGAGGAGGAUAAAGACGAGUCAGAGGAGAACAAGCAGAGUGAGCUGAGCGCCUGUUUGCCUGGAAGUCAGGAGGAACCUUCUGCUGCAUGCGACGAGAGCCGAGCAUCUGAGGGUUUGCAGAAAGACGACCUGCAGCUGCCAGACACGACUGCACGCAACAGUAACGGCGGUUUCACGGUUCUGGAUUGUGGUGGAGGAUCUGAGGAGAGCAGCACAGAGGAUGACGUCGGAGGCGACAUGGGGAUCGACAUGAGGAAGCUGCUGUCCUCAUCCUCGCAGACGGGAAGCGGCGGACCCGACCUCAGCCGGCAGCUCAUGACCCACCUGCGCCUCCUACAGGCCGACCUGCAGUAUCUGAAGGACGUUGAGAUAAAGUACAACGAACUGCGGCAAAUGCACAGUGACGCAGCAGCUACUGACUCAGAUGACAACAACGAUGGGAUUCAGUGAUGACAGACUUCCUGCUCUCUCAGUUGUACGAGCCAAGUUCCACAUUACUGCACGAUCACCUUCUUCUGGCUCCAUCUUCGACUGUUUGACUCUCAGUAAUGGAAGCUUAACGUCUGAUCUCAGGCUUGUAUCAGUGGAAGGUGAUCAGGACUGUUCCACUAGAAACUCCUUCAACCAGUAGGAGCAGAGGAGACAUAUCAUGGAAGAACCCAUGGACCUUUUUGGUUUUUUUGCUACGAUAAUACUCAACUGCAUAAAUUAUCUGAAACACUGGAUAUAUAAAAUGGAAAAAAGGGCAAGUGGAGUGUUUGAGGUCACACAGAUGUAAAGCAGGGAAGUGUUAGGACACAUAACAGUACAAGAGAGAGACUGUUUUGUUCAGCACUUGAUGUAAAAAAAAAGAAGUCUAUAUAUGCUUAAAGAUAGAAUAGAAAUUAAAGUGCUGGAUAUCAACCCAAAAAGGUUCAGAGAUAAUCUACAAGAGGCUGUAACAACCAAUCCUACCAUCUCCAAAUGUCAAGAAAAGCCAAUUGUUGGUUUUUAGGCACGUUUUGCAUAAAAACUGGAAGCAGGAGGACAGCUAGCCUGAGUCUGUUUGAAGUAUCGACCAUAAUAUGCUAUGUUAUGUUGGUAUUUUAUCUGGGGCUUUGGUUUGGCCAGCUGACCAAUCGAGAGCAAAGUGGGCUUUUCAGGAGGGAGGCCUUAAAGAGACAGGAACGAGAACAGAUUGUUUCAAACUGUAAGAAGACAUGCAGCAGUAAGAUCUGAUAUUCGAGAAAUAAUGUGUUAUCUUGAACUGUAAAGCAUGUAAACAUAUACUAGUGGACCCCCAAGAUAGAAUUAGACACCUGUAAACGUACACUAAAUGGGCUCUUUAAAUCAUCCACUAACAGAAAUGCAAAAAAAUAGAACAUUUGUGGUUCUAUGUGGAGUUAGGUGCAGCAGGUUGGACACAAUCAUGUCUAUGCAGAAAACAAAACCUGUGUUUAGUUCCGCACAACACAAAUUUUGUCUUUUCUCUUUCUGUUUUGUGUUAGGAAAUGAGUUGUUAAUUUUUAGUGGGCUUUAAAGGUGCUGGCAGGCUAGCUGUUUCUCCCUGCUUUCUCCCUUUAUGCUAAGCUAAGCUUGCAGUUAACGCACAGAUGUGACAUUAUGCUGCAUCGACAUGAUAUCGGCAGAGCAGGAAGACCAAGUAAACUCCACUUACUCUGAUUUUAAACCAAUUAAAUAUUAAUUUAUUAUAAAUGACCUUUUUAUUGUUGUUAGAAUGUGUAGCAGGUUUUUAACAAGUGACACCAGAUACAAACAAACAGCAUAAAGUUCCUUUUAAAGUGGCUUAAGUGAUCAUAUUAGUUCUAUUCCUGGAUUUUAUUCAGAGACGACAACUUUGCAGGCACGAUGCUUGCAGUUUAGGCCUUCAGAAAUUUGUUGUUGGAGGCAAACGUUUACAACUGCCACAAUCUGAAUGACGUGGAUUAAUAUAAAACUCCUCUUCGCACUCUGACAAAGGAAGAAAAUAAGCAAAUUUCUCACUAAAACGAACUUUGGUCAAAACAGACUUUUUUUGGUCAGGCUUUUGAGCUAAACACUGUUUCUUCAGGGACUGGUCACCAAUUUUCUGCAGCCUUUUGACACCUCCAGCUGUCUUUCUCUUAGUUAAAAAAAUAGCAUAUGAAUGCAGUAUUAACUGACUUAAAAGUCUCAGAUUUUGAACUUCUUAAAGCACUUGAAUGUAGUAUUAUAAAGCAAACAUAUAAACGCUACAAUGAGGAAAACCUAGGUUCAAAUCAGUGCAGAAAUCUGAUCUACUCUGUCUGCAGAUGAGCAGUUUUCACCCAAAAUAUUCUGCUAACUGUUAAAAACCAUUGCAGUUGGAGGUAAAACCGAAUUAGUCUGACUCUGUGUAGCAACCGAACAGACACUGAAAAUACUGAAACAGCAUUGUCUUAAUAAUAAACUCAUUUUACCGAAGCUCUCUGCAGGUAGAACAGCAAAAACAAAAGCUAUUAUUCUGAUUUUUAAUGAUGUCCUUGCAGCUACAGACACAACUUUUCAGAAUGUGUUUGUCAGAAAUCUAUCUGUAUUUCAGACCUUUUCCUACUUAAUAGGGUGCACAAUAAUAUGUGUGACUGAUGACUCUGAGUCUAGGAUUUGUAGAUCCUCUACACAAAUCGAGUUACGUUUAGUUUUCAGAGCCACAAAAAAAUCGCUCAUCAGACGCCUGCACUUCACUUUCAUGGUUGGACUGCAAAGACUCGUAUUCACUGGCCGCAGGACUGCACAGAUGACAGUGUGGCUCUGAUUUCUAUUGAAUUUUAAGAAAAAUGUAGAUGAGAACGAUUAUUAUGGACUGUUUUCAAAGUAAAGACACAUGAUGUACAAUGACUGCAUAUCAAAAGUUUGUGGUUCUACUUGCCCUGUUACUUUUCACACCAUGCAAUCAUGUAACAUUUUAACACAAACUACUUAAAAAGAGGAUAAAGUAUCCAGCAGUAUUAAUCUGUUCUGUAAAUGUAAUAUUCUUAUUGCAUUGUUAUUAACCCUGUUAAUGUGUUUGCUCACACAAGUGGCUCCUUUUUCUUGAAAAAUGAAAGAAAAUACUGACAAAAGUGUCAUUUUGUUGCAGUUGCUCCUGGGUGGGGGGAGUUGGGCUCGAUGGUAUUUGCCUUUUCUUCAAAUAGUAUUUAAUGAAUAAUCCAAACUGAACACUUACCUUCUGUUAUGAGCUGUUUGCACGUCCUGAAAAUUCAGUUUCCUUAAAAAAACACAUUAGAAGGUCUUCAUAAAAUUCAUUCAUAAAAGCCUUGAACGUUUUCUCUUA